GCGUGGUGUUGAGCUAGUAGGACAAAGGAGUCCUAUGUACUGCCACCACCACCAGCUCUGAAAAGUCAUGCACGCAAAGUUCAAAAUUGGAGCGCUAAAGUCACCACCAAAUCAUGCGGCAAAGAAAACAAGUAAAAAUAAGUAAAAAAAAAAAAGUUCACUUUAAGGAAAUAAGAGGAACGAAUUCGUGUUAAAAAGAAACUAUGUUUAUCGUCUUUUUAAACGGGAUUCAGUUUCUAUAGACAAUAAAAACUGAUAUUUUUCAGUUCAUGGAUAUUCAGUUUUUGGUGGUGAGUUUUGCAUUGGUAUAGGCAUGUAAACAAUCAAGAAAAGCAGGUAAAGCAAAGUCGAAUGAGUGUUUUAAAGUCUUUUUUUCAUUCUUUUUUGUUUGUUAAAUAAAGAAUCUGGAGCUUUGAAGAUUGGAUCCGAUCUGAGAGGUAGAAUGUCACGUAGAUGCAUUAAAUCCUAAAUAGGUAGAAGGAGGAAUCACAGAAUAAGCGACCGUCCGCAAUUGAGUAAGAAGUUAUGAUGAAGACGUUCCUUUACAUACAUUGGUAAAGGGUUCAGUUACUGUUGUCUGCAUGAAGUUUAAUAAUGGAGUAUGUGAUCGCUGCUAAUCGAGAUGCUACAUGAAUAGCUCUAUGUUGUGAAAACCAGGGUUUUAUGAAGAAAAAAAGAAAAAAGAGGACUGAAUAUAUUAUGGUUCCAUGAUCUUUUCGAGUUGCGAUUUUUUUUAAGGCCAAUUUUUCUCGGUUAAAAGUUUUGGAAAACCAGCUAAAUUGGAUAGAAAUUUUUGAAAUGGAAAAGAUAUAAAAAAAGAAGUAAAUUAUGAAAUUGACUGAAUUUGGUUUCAAAGCUAUCCUAAGGAAUGAAUGUUUGAUAUGACUUUGCACAGAAAGAUUUCUUCUACAGUUGCUAAAGACAAGCUGGUGAACAAAAGAACAAAGGUUAACAAAUAAAGAAGCCAGUUUUUACUUUUUAUCCUUAGAAAAGUCAAUUUGCUCUCCGUUGUCUGGUUCCUCAUUGUAUACAAGUCCAAAAUAGCUCCGUUUCGAGUUGCCCGACCAACUACUCCUUUCAUGAAGUAUAGUUUAUUUCAAUUCCUUGUAUGUGAAUCUGCGCGACUUUAUAAACAUUAGAAAAAAACCUGCUUUUUCCUUUUUUUGAUCGACAAGGUGUACCUGAGCCAGAAAAUUUUUCCUGGUCGCUAUUUUAUUAUCUUUCGUGUAUCUUUCUUUAUUAUUUUUAUUUAUUUUUAUCAUGGAUUGAUUCUACGGAGCAUGAAGGCAAGCUUUGAUUUAGCCACUACCUAUAUAUAGGAGCCUAGAUAUACUGGUCUCCUUUACCAAACUCUGCAACGCUGGCCAAUUCUGGGAACAUGGAACGAAAGACGGUGUUUUUUAAUGGAUUUCCGUCCAAAGAGACCGUUCAGGUUCAAAUGAAUGCUUCUGCGACCCUGAAACAAGCAUUGGGUCAAGCUUUUGGAAAGCAAGCCGAUCGUCUGCUGAAUUCACUAUACUUGACAUAUGAGGGCCGAAUUGUAUGCCCAUCCACUUCGAUAUGUGGUUUGGAAAAGAACGCAUUGAAUAAAGACGUAAAUCUCUGGCUUUGUGGACGAGUUUUGGGUGGCAAAGGUGGUUUUGGCAGUCAGCUACGAGCUGCCGGUGGUCGUAUGUCAAAAAAGCGUAAUGAAGAAGAAAACCAAGAUUCCUGUAGGGAUUUAGAUGGAAAUCGUCUUGGUACUGUUCGUCAAGCGAAGGAAUUAUCUGAAUUUCUAGCCAAGAAACCCGCAGAAACUCGAGCUAAAAAGGAAGAGAAAAAACAGAAAUUAAAGAAGCUUCUUUCUACUGAGCAAAAUGUAUCUAGAUUUGACGACCACGAAUUUCUAGAAGAUAUAGAGAAAUCUGUAUCUGAAACCCGCAAUGCUUUCCAAUCUUCUUUGGCUCAUCGUCGUGGGUCUUCCUCGGCCGCUUCCUUUUCUUCUUCAGAACAAAGCUCUUCAAAUGAGAACGAAUCUUCAUCUUCCAACAAAGGUAAGGAGUCCAUAAAAGAGGGCGUCCAAUCUCACGAUCCAUGGCUUCAACGUAUGGAAGCGACUGUUUCGGAUGGUGACGAUGACGAUGAAGAUGAACAAGCCAAAGUACUAGAUGGUUGGGACGAUGGAUUUGCAUAACUAAGUUAAUGUUUUACGAGAUAUGAAAUUGGGACUAUUGUGUUGGAUAAAAGACGAUAAUAGAUACAAAUUAAUAGAGCAAGUUCUUGAAUGAAUUUGAAACUUCA